UUGCUUGCUUUAGCCGCGGCAUCACAGUUCCUGUGUUGUAGACUCGAUCCUUUUAUUUCUUCUCAGUGUUUGCUUGCACCAGAUGAUUCGCAUUUUAAAGAUUUUAAUAUUGGCAGUUGGUUCCGUCAACUUCAGGUUAACGUUUGUAAGUGUUAAAUCUGGGUCGAUGUGAGUGAGAGAGAGAGAAAGAGAGAGAGAGAGAGAGAGAGAGAGAGAGAGAGAGAGAGAGAGAGAGAGAGAGAGAGAGAGAGAGAGAGAGAGAGAGAGAGAGAGAGAGAGAGAGAGAUAAGAGGUUUCCUGAAAGCUGAGUGGUACAGUGCUGCUGUUGUGUGCUAGUGGUGGUGAUGGGUUGCUCAGUGUCAGCACAAGCAGUGCAGGGAGAGGGUAGGGUGAGGCAAGGGAUGCUCCGAACCUGGAUGACAGGUAUAUAGCAAGCUUCGCAGCAGAAACGAGCGAUAUUCAAGAAAUUGUGUUCAUAGUGAAGAAAGUCGGCUGCAAGGUGCUGUGAAGUCUUCCGAGUAACACAUUGCUGCCAGUAAUGAUCUAGAAGAUAACUCCAGUGCCAAAUUAGCAAUGUUCAACCACAGCAGUAAUAAUAACACUUGCAACAUAUAUUUCAUAGAUGACGAUGCCCCAGAAUGGUUGUGUUGGGUUCGGUUGCUCAUGUCUCUGGUGCUGGUUGCCGAGUCUGUGCUCACUGUCUAUGUGAUCAGUAACAGUGUCAAGAUGCGGAAGAAGUCCUCAACGAUACUGGUCACCAACCUGGCUCUCAGUGGUGGCUUGUGUGGAGCACUAGUCGCUCUAUUUACCUUGGUGAAGCUGACGUACUUACCAGAGCCACACUCACUUCCUCAACACUUCUGCAUCAUCAUCAUCCCGCGUUACUUCCACAUCGUCUCCGUCCUCUGUCUCUCUUGUCUGGCUCUGGAUCGCUAUCUGGCUAUCUGCUGGCCCCUACACUACCACAGUUUAAUGACUGAUAACCAGUGUAAAGCUCUAGGCAUGAGCUGCUGGAUUCUGCCGGUGUUAGCACUAAUCAUCCUGAUCCUAAGAGCUGCUUUCAUCCACUGCUUCAGUGCCUUCCCCUUCCUCACCACGUAUAUCAUUGCUUUCUCCAUAGCACUGUCCAUAGUAGUGUUCAUGUAUGCUCUAAUGGCUCGAGAGUUCAGGCUGAAUCGGCAUCAAGGGCCACAUGUCAACAAAGCGAUGGAGGAGGACAACCGUCGCCUGCGAGAGAAAACAGCUCGAGAUGUCCUCGUCAUGGUGUUCCUCAACCUGCUCCUGGCUCUCCCCGAUGUGAUCGUGAAGCUGGUGUGGGUGAUAACCAAGAGGACUCCCAACCUUAGUUACCACAUCAGUCCCCUGCUACUCUUUCUCCACGAGCUGGUGUGUCUGCCGCUGCUCGCCUGGAGGAAUGCUGACUUCAGGCACGCCCUCAACUCCUGCUGUUGCGCCUCCAGGAAGAACGCUUCAGAAAGGGGAGCUUCACAAGUCACCCUGGACAGCCAGCUCUCUAAACAGUGAUUUUUUUUUUUUUUUUUUUUUUUUUUUUUUUUUUUUUUUUUUUUUUUUUUUUUUUUUUUUACCUUCCCUGCCCCUCCACUUUCCCCCAGUUCAGCCAAGAUAAUCCUCCCCAAAUCACCUAAUAUACCCCCCUUCCCAAGGUUACCCGAGACUGUCAGCUCUAGAAACAGAAACGAAGAACUAAGUAAAUAUCAAAUUUUUGUGAAAUUUGCCCACAAAGUUAGUGUUGUAGGGAGGUCAGGUUCCUGAAUAAAUUAUUACUAUUGUUAUAUUCAUGGACAAACACUAAACCCUUAAAAAAUCUAGCAACGCCUUGGGAAGUGGAGGCACUCAGUGUUGAUCCAAGGAAGAGGAAGAGUAGUUCCAGUUCCUCGAAUCAAAAGUUCUUCACCAGCAUCAAGGAUCCCUUCCCUACCUCCUUGAAGAGUUACUUGACUUGAAAGAUUAUUAGACUCGUCAAAAUAUAUAUUUAUAUAAGUCCGUCAUUGAAGUCUGGUGGAGAAGUUACUGUGUCAAGAAGAUCGACUUCUUAUACGUGAGAUUAAAUCUUACAUAAUUCUUUCAUGCAGUGUUUGGGAUGAUUAUUUGGGACUGCCUAUAACUAAUUUAUUUCCAUUACCUUAUUUACGACAUUAUAUCCGGAUAAUUAUUUGUUUCUAAUUGUGACAUUCUGCCGCAUAUUUGUGUGUGUGUGUGUGUGUGUGUGUGUGUGUGUGUGUGUGUGUGUGUGUGUGUGUGUGUGUGUGCGCGUAUGUGUGUGUGUGUGUGUGCGUAUGUGUGUGUGUGUGUGCGCGCGCGUGUGUGUGUAUGUGUGUGGGCAAAUUUUUUGCUUUUAAUUGCUUAUUUCAGGUCACUUGAAUAUAUUUAAUAUUGUUAUUUUACCGUCUUAUGAUGUAAAUUUACCAUAUGUCUCUGAUAAUUUUGUGGAUUAUGACUUAGAUACUGAUUCCCUGAUAGUAGUAUGUUGUGAGAUCAGUCAUUUAUAGUGGAUUUCUCACAGGGGAACACUGUUUUUGAGUAUUAUCUGUUUCACGGUGGUUAUAUACAGUGAGGUUAGUCAUCCUUCAUGGCAGUACAACGGAGAAGGUCUGCUGUCUCAUACAAGGAGAGG